AGCUGGCUUUCGGGACAUGCGCAGACAUGUCCGACGGUACUACGAAAUGGAGAAAGUGCUUUCUUUCGCUUCGGCUGCUUGCCACAGCAUUUGUCGCAUCCGCAGCCUAACGGCAACUGCACCUCAUCAUCGUAAUAAAAUAAAAUAAAAACAACAAAAAAAUAAGAGGAAAACAUCAAAAGGAAGCAAAUACCACAAGUGGUGGUUCACUUUCGAGUUGAGAUCUUUCGGAAAAAGUUCUGAUUUCUAAAUUGAAAUGGCGGCAGCAACUUUGGCGCUAAUUGAGUUGUUGUUGUUACCGAUGGCGUGCAAAGGCGCAACAACAAAUCCUACUACCGUUUGAGGCGGCUACGGGGGCAGGCUAUACAAAAGUAACGGUGCUCUACCACAACCACAAGCGCGGAAUUUUUGGCGAGCAACAGACAUCCACCCCCCCCCCAAACACCCACACGCACAAACACCACGCUCUCUUGCAGGAGACACGGCGGUUGAGAGAGAGAGAGGAGGUUGAGAGAGAAAGUGGUAGAAAGUGGAGCCGGAGUCGUGCAAUAUGGAAGACCUAUUCCUGCUAAUUAUCAAAGAAUCAACGGGCACUAAGCACAAUGCGCUGCGGCAAACGGCGCAAAUAGCUUACGAUAAACUGUACCGCCAGCAUGGCAUCCACCGGGAUCCGUCCCACGAGCUGCGCUCCGUCUGCUUCACUGCCCUGCAGAUGGCGCUGGAUACCAAGCGGCCCAAGUUCAUCACGAUGGGACUGAAUGGCCUCCAUCGCGUGAUCAAGGACGAACGAUUCUACAUCGGAUUGGAGCCAGAGGAUGACUCCGUGUGGCUCCCCUCCCAGCUGCUGCGGGCCACCAAUGGCAUCCUGCCGUCCACUAGUAGCGAGGACACGGUCGUGAAUGUCCUGCGACUCUUUCUGGCCAUGGCCUGCUCCCCGGCCUGUACGCUGAAUGGACGCCUGCUCAUCGAAAUCCUGUCCAGGUGUGGCGAGUGCUGGGAAAUGGGCUCGAGGGCCACCAAAGCCGCCUCCCUGGCAGCUGCCUCCCAGUGCCUGCGCACCUUCUGCGCCUUCCUCAUCGAGGAGGCCGAGGAGGUGAAGAAGACCGCUCCCGCCGGCCUGAUGACCCAGACCCAGGCCUCCGCCGUCUACAACGAGGUCAUACCCGUGAUGCAGUGGCUCUGCAGUCGUCUGGUGGAGCCAAAUGUGAACACAUCGCCGAACAAGAAGUGCGAGAAUCCCAGCUCCCUGUACCUCACCGAGUGCAUCCUCACCCUGAGCUCAGCCCUUCCCCGCAACGUCCAUGCCAAUCCGCACUUCACCUCCUUCCUCUGGCAGAAGUUCUGUCCCACGCUGGCGGCGGCACUGGGAUCUCCCGGCAGGAUCAAUCUGGACAAGAAGUUCACCUAUAAGGACGCCCUGCACAUGAUCGAGAACGAGGCACGUGGCUUCUUCACGGGUCCUGGCCUGGACGGUCCCCAGGCUCGUUGUGUUUAUCUCACGGCCAUCCAGUUGCUUCGCAUCGCCGGCGCCCACGGUUCCCUGCGUCCCAUGCUGGAGGCCCUCUUCCACCGGAUGCUCCUCCUGCCGGCACCCCAGAAUCGCACUGAACCCCUGCGCUGCGUGCGCGAGAUCUUCAAGAGUCCGGAGCGCCUAAUCGAUUUGGCGGUUAUCCUCUAUGUGGACAAGAACACAGCCCAGGGAUGCAGCGACGAAAUGGCCCUCUUCCGGCUCUUGGUGGAUGCCAUGGAGGAGUGCGCCUACGGAGCCGGCGGAGUGGGUGGCGCCACGGAGGCCAGCCUGCAGGCCAGUGUGGAGUGCAUGGUGGCUCUGCUGGACAGCUUGCAGGUGCUCUGCACCGGGGAGCUGACCGAGUCGAUGAUCAGCGACCAGAUCGUCCAGGUGGUGAACGGACGGCAUGAGCUUCUCAAAGAUGCGGACUACUCCGGACCACUUACCUAUCAGAGCAUGGCCCGGUUGCCGGCUCCCUACCGGGAUGCGAUCGUGGAGUUCCGGCAGAACGUGUUCGAGACUUCGUCGGGAUCCGAGAGCGAUGGUGAACCGCCGCACGAGCAGGAUGCGGCCUCCAACGGCUCGGGGGACACCGAAGGACCAGAAGACGACGAUCCGAGCAGCUCCAGCGAUGAGACCUCACGGGUGGAGAACCGAUGGCCGUAUUCGCACCUGGAGGCGCCAGUAAUGCCCAUCCGGACGGACAGUGACAACGAUCGCCAACAUGCCCGGGACUUCGCCCGUGCCCUGCGACAGGAUCUGGUCCCGAAGCUGCUCCGCCUCCGGAGCUGCGUGGAGAUCGACGAGGCCAUGCAGGAGUUCGCGUCGGCGGUGUGCCAGGAGAACAGCAUGAACUUCUCGGACUUCGACUACAACCUGACGGCCAUCAACGCCGAUGGCAUCUACCUGGCCAUUUAUUCCUCGCUGCUGCUCAGCCUGCAGCUGAUGCGGGCCGGGUACUACGAGCAGGUGGCCUCGGGCAUGGCCCACAAGGACAUCCUGGUGCCGAUGUCGGAGCAGCAGUUUGUUACCUCGGUGCAGAACACUGGAGUCCUGGUCUACCUCUCCUCGCCAUGGCUAUGCGAACUCUACCAGUCCGUGACCGUUUGCAAUGUCCUGGAGGCCAUGUCCCGCCAGCAGUUGGAUGGAAUUGGGCCACGGUGCGCCCUGGUGGAUAUGCUGUGCGAUGCUGGGGGAUUGGGCGCCACCCAAAUGCUAUCCGAGUGGCAGCGUCUGCAGACGGCCACUGUGAAGCACAAGGAGGAGGAGCAGCAGCACGACAAGCGCCGGGAGGCUGCAAAGAAACUGUGUCGCCGCCUGCUUACCUGUUGCUGGGACUCCAUGGUGAUUGUGUUGAGCUCCGGCUUGGGGGAUCUUCAGACCAGCUCCGCCUCCAACAAGCUGGUGGCGCUCUCCAAGCGCACUCUCCGGGUGAAGGCCAAGGCGAACAAGUCCAACGGCGAGGCGCUCUACGCCAUGUGUCUGGAUGGACUCCAUUCGGCGGCCACUUUGAGCAACAACCUCAAUCUUCAGCACCUGGCUGGGAAGAUCCUGAAUCUGUUGGCCUCCAAUGUCUGCCAGACCACCGGGCCCCGAAUCUCCGCCAGCCAGGCGAUGUCCAUGGACGUGGUACUUACCGGCGGCCUCAAUCUGGGCAGCUACAGCGCCGAUUGCUGGCCGAGCAUCUUCGCCGUGUGCCGGCAUGUCAGCCAACUGGAGCACGAGAUCUUCAGCAUGCAGAAUCCAUCCAUAUCGGGAUCCUCGCCGGGCAGCAGCCGCCGCGACCUGGAGACUGGCGAGAAGCUAAGCAAUGGCAAUGCCCAGGAUAAGCUCAAUCUCUCCUCCAUACCCAUUGAUGAUGAUGAAACCUGUGUGGAUGUGUACAGCUUCCUGCAGGCUCCCAUGCAGAGUCCCAACACGAACAUCACCUCCAUCCUGAAAGUCUAUUCCGGCACCAAUGAAACGGUCCUUCUCAGCCAGAGCGAUACCUCCAAGGUGCUCUGUGCUCUGUCACAUCAGGCGGAGAAUCUCUUUGGGGACGCCGCCGAACGUCUCAGUCUGCCGUCGUUGUGCCAGUUCCUGAAGCAUCUGUGCCGAGCCUCGCGGGAGCAACUCUACAAGAGCCAGGUGGCGCGCAAGGGUAGCCGGAUUUGGUGGCCCAGCAAGGGCUGGAAGAAGCUGGACUCGCUGCCCAUGUCCCUGCUCCUUCACAGGAUCGGCGAUGUCACACUCAAGGUUUUCCGAAGCUCUCGACCGUUGCUCCAUGUGCUCAAGGUCUGGGCCAUCACUGGACCGCAUCUGAUGGAUGCUGCUUGCCACCGGGACAGGAUGAUCUCGAAGCGGGCCAUUGAAUAUAUCCACGACAUCAUCACGGCCCUCCUGGUGGAGCAGUCGGAGCUGCCGUAUUUCCACUUCAACGAGGCCCUCCUGAAGCCCUUCGAGAACCUUCUCAGCAUGGACACGGACGUGGAUGUGCAGGACCAGAUCGUGGCCUGCCUCUACGAGGUGGUGGAGGCGCAUCGCACCGAAAUCCGUUCCGGCUGGAGGCCCCUGUUCGGUACCCUGAGGAACGCCCGCAGCCGGAUGCUAAACAUGAGCAACAUCAUCGACAUAUUUCGGGUGUUCCUCGACUCCGAUAAUACUUUGGUGUUCGCCAAUGCGGGAUUGGAUUGCAUCCUCUGCUUGCUAUCGUACUUGGAGAUCUCUGGAGGCGGUAACAACAACAAUAAUAACAACUCCUGUCCAGGAGGAAGUGGCGGAUCAGGAUCCAAUCAGCAGGAGGAGGAUAAUACGUUCCGGCCAACGGACUUCCUGCACGAAACACUGCGAUUCCUAGAGCGGUGCUCCAGUAUUUUGGGAUUCAUGCACAGCAUGCCCAAGUGCCCCAACUUCCAUUCGACGUACAAGAUCAAGGGCAUCUCCUACACGCACAUAAUCGACGCCAACAUUCCCAGUUCCAUGGAGAACUUCACGUACUUCGGCAACGACUAUCUCCAGACGAGGAAUGAGCAGUAUAUGAUCUCCUAUCGAUCCCUGCAUAUCGACAAGGACACCAUUGUGAAAAUCGAUGAGAUGGACAAGCCGUCGGGUGUGCUGAAGGUGUGGUUCCUGCUCCUGGACGGACUCACCAAUUCGCUGAUCGUCUGCCCCUACUCCCACCAGGCGCCCAUCCUGCAGACCAUCUUCAAGCUGUUCAAGAAUCUCCUGGCCAGUCCGGGCAUUGAUUUCGGAUUCUAUUGCAUCAACCAUCUGCUGGUGCCCAUGAUCCAGGACUGGCUGAGGUACAUCAACAAGACCGGCGCCUCCUGGCAGCUGGUGGAGAAGAACUUCAAGCACUGCUGUUGCAUGACCACGGAUCUGGUGGUGGAGUUCAUCGAGAAGUCUGUACCGGAGCAGCGUCGCUUGGGGGCCGGGACUAAGACGCGCCUGGCUCAGAUUGUCCAUCCGGCGGAUAACUUGCUGUACUCCAAGCUGAAGUUUGUCACGGAGAGGAUAGAGCGGGAGCAGCAUCAUCUGCAGAAUGGCCAGGAUCCGGCCUAUGGGCAGCAGUACGAUAGCAGUUCCAGUUCCGCCAGCUCCGAGGAGCAGCAGAAGGCCGGGGCAGGAGGAGCCAGUAACCUAAUGGAGUCGCCCACCAAGAUCUCCGGCUCGGCCACGCUGGCUCUGAAGCAGCUGCUCCUCGUCCUGAUCGAGUGCGCCGCCCAGUCGCAGGAGGCGAUUGCCAGGAUCUCGGUGUCCUGCCUCAAGCACGUCAUCCUCUCCACGGGCAUGCUCUUCAACGAGUCCCAGUGGAUGAUAGCCUGCUCGGCCAUCCACAGAGCCUGCACCGUCACCAUUGCUCCGCUGCGACAGCUCUCCUUUGCCUUCCAUGAGAAGUCCAACAGCUUCUACGGGGACUGCGCUAACGUGAAGGUGGCCGCCCGGAGGGACAGCACUCUGGAGGAGCUGUCACGGAUCUAUGCACUGGCCCAGCAGGUCUUCCUGUCGGACAAUCAGCGGGAGCCGGGCCAGGGACAGGGCCAGGGUUCGACCGGAUCCACGCCGAGUGGCUCGUGCAAGCUGUCGGACGACAGGAGCUACUCCUUCCUUCUUUAUCCCCUGAACAAUGGCUUCAACUCCAAUCUGGACAACUUCGUGAUACGGAUACCGUUCAAGAACCUGGUGGUGGGUCUCCUCGCCAACCAGAUGCUGCUCCAACUGGUGGCCAAGCUGCUGCUGUCGCGCCUCAAGUGCGUGCCCCAGGCGGUGUCCACCUGCAUAUUCGAUAAUUACGCCGCCUCGGCAUCGGCGCCCAGCCACGACUACGACCUGGACUUCCGCUCCAAGGAGAUCCUGCUGCGCUGCGUCAAACAGUACUUGAUGUCCGCCCUGGAGUUCGAUUCGCGUCCCGGUCUUAAGUUCCUCAUGCAGAAGGUCUCCAACAUCGAGUAUGCCGCCAAUCUCUACAAGCAAAUGACCUCCUCCUGGAUGAUCUACUACAUCGCUCUGGUGGACUCCCAUUUGAACGACAUUGUCGUCUACAACCUGGGCCCGGAGGACCUCAACUUUAUCCUGGAAUCGUGCUCCCGACUGAACACCACCACUGUGAAGAAGAAGGAGAACUUUGUGAGGUAUCUGUUCUGUCUGCAGGAUGCGUGGAACCUGGUCUGCGAACUCUACCUGAGCAACUCGGCUCUGCACGACAUUGAGACUGGAACCUCAGGCAAACUGCGCCAGAAGCCGCCACCAAUCCAGCCCCAUCUGCACAAGCCCAUGUGCAUCUCCUUGAAUGGCAACGGAGAUGCCGAGAUGACUGAUUCCGGCUCUGGUUCGGGCAGCAAUCCAUCGCCCAGCAAGUGCGUCCAGCUGCAGGAGGAGGAGAACAUCACGAUGACCACGCUGAUCAGCGAAUUCCAGCCCAAGUGCCGGAGCAAUCCGUUCGACACCAAUCGUCAGGCCAAGUCCUCGGAGGCCGAGUCCAUUUCACCGGAAAUCGAACAGCAGCGGGCGAGCAGUAUCCUGAAGGACUCCAACUACAAGAGGGCCGCCCUGGCCCAGCUGGUGGUGGCCUCCAUGGAGCUGCUGCGCUCUCUGCCGGCGGAGGCCGAGGAGAACCUCAAGCUACUGAUGACGCCGACAAUCCGGGAGGCGUUCCGACUCGUCCAGCUGCAGGGAAACGAGUUGAAGGUCAACCAGUUUUAGGCCAUGCUUGUUGAGUUUUAUUUUGAUCUGUAGGCGCAGCCCCUGCCCCUACCAAGGAUACCCUAUCCUCAUCCUCACCCCGUUCCUGGUCCUGGUUCCUGGUUCCUGAUUCCUGAUUCCUGGUUCCUGAUUCCCGAUUCCUAAUUCCUAGUUCUUCCGGAUCCCCAUGAUUUGGCUAAUUUAAAGCUACGUCUGCAUAUCAUGCUCUCUCUGUCUCACAAACUCUAUCCGUCUCUCUCACAGUCAGUUGGGAGUCCAAAUCCGACAAGUCCUUAUCAGUGUGGCCUUACUUUCUUAAACUAUAACCUUUGAAGCUUUAGAGUUCUAUUUUCCAUUGAAUCUUUUUCACAUUUUUAUACUUAAAAGGUUUCUAUAAAAACAACUAUAUCUCGUUUUCUUGCAAUAUACAACAUAUCCAAAGAUCUCAUAUUUAUAAAGACAACUAAUUCGUAUCUAUUUAAAACGUAAAGCUUAAAGAUUCUUCCAGUAAUUGUAAAUAUUUAAUGGUUGCUAAAAAAAAAAAACAUAUUCCAAUUAUCUAACUUUGAGAAGCGUAGAAGUUAAAUUUAAAAUGAAUUCAAUUAGUAAUAUGUGUGUUAUGAAUGUUUGUUGAAAUACAAAAAUAUUUUAUAGGAAACUCAUUAGCGACGUUGGCCACACUGAAACCUGUCAUGGCGUCCCAUUUUCUGUCUCUCUCUCUCUCUCUCUGGCCCGCAGUCCCCAGCACAGCAGGCAACCAUUUCAAAGUAAAAGCUCAACAUGCCAGCACAAAAAAAAAGCAAAACUAUCGAAAGUACAACAAAUGUCACAAGGCAAGGAUGUUUUUUUUUUUCAUUUUUAAGUGAAGAUCCUUCGCCGUUAAGGAGAUGAAAUUGAUGUAGAAGACGAAGAUGAAGACGAAGAAGCAGUUGCAUCAGCAGCGUAGACAACGUAGUCCUGUACAUUAAAUUUAGUCAAGACUUUCUCGCACACACUCUUAGUCCGCUCCUCGAUCCAGCACCGCCUUCUGAUCCCGCCCAGCUCCAGUUCCUGUUCCCUAUACUUCCUUUAGAGCACUUUUCGAUUUCGAAUAUUGUAAAGAUGUUUAUCAAGCAAGCACCAGACCUUCCCCAAACCUCCCCCCCCUCCUAAAAAUAAAUUCCAUUAAAAUUAUAUAUAAAUAUAUAUAUAUAUAUAUAAAUAUUAAGAAUGUAAACCUAUGUAAACUUAUAGCGAAUGUUAACUAACACAAAAUCAGUGCCGCCCAUUAAUCCACGAUUACCACCAUUAAAGAUUAGUCAACUCACACAUAAACACACCACACACCACACACACACCCACACACACUCACACACACACUAAUACAUACACAUAAAGCCUAUACUAAAGAUAUGUGUGUCCAAACGUAGUCCCACGCUGCCUUUAACAAAAAAAAAAAAAAGAAAAAUACUUGCAUACUUUUGUACCAGUGUGCGUACCUAAAAAAAAAAUAUAUAAAAACUAAAUCUUAAAAAUAGUGAAUGCCACAUUAAAAAACUAUAAACUACUUCUAGCCACCUUGCUGCACUCCAAAGAAGCUUAUUAGACCGUAUUGUUUUCCAAGACACACAUAGGGAUCGGUAUCAGGAUCUCUAUUUCCUGUUUCCGGUCCCGAAAACAAAAACACUAACAAUCGAUUUUCUCCCGCGCUCUGCUGAUAGCAAUACCGAUACCUAAAAAAUAAAAUAAAAAACUUCAGACAGCUAUAUAUAUAUAUUAUAACGCCUCUAUAUACAUAUAUAUUUAAAAAAAGAUCUAAAGAGUUAUAUAUAUAUAUACAUAAAUGUACUUAUAUGUAUUAUAGUUGCCAUUUGGGUAUAAAUAUGGACUCGAUGUUGUAAAUGUCUAACAAAGAUACAUUUUGAUAUGUGAAACUAUUAGCAACAGCGCUACAAAUCUAUACAUAUAUACUAAAAACAUAUAUAUACAUAUAUAUAUAUACUUGCCCAUCUAAAACAAAAUCUCUAACAACUUUCUCUAAACAAUGACUUGUAAGUGUAAAUGCGAAGAGCCGCAAGUAUGUAAAGGAUCAGGCUGGCUAUAGACUACUAUAUAGUACUAAUACUCUCCAAGAGUGCAUUUGUAACAUGAAUGAGAAUAAACGAUUCCACAACGCUUUCGCAACUUUACUAAA